AUGAUUUUUCACACGCAAAUAGCCUCCAUCAUGGAGGUGCUAGCGAAUGCAGCCGUGGCAGAGAUCUGUAAACUCGUAGACGACGACUAUGCGGUGUUUCGUUUGGAAAUAAGUCAAAGCCAGAAAGAAAUCGUCGCAUUGCGGAGGAAACAACAGCUACUAGAACUGAAGGUGUCACGGGAGCGCGCAGAGAGAACAAUGCGAGAGCGCCUCCUCGCGAGUCGUCCCAGAAGUGUCAAGAUCCUCGACCGAUACAGAGGAAUGGCAAGAGGUGAAGGACAUCUCACUGGAGCCUACAGGAGCUUUGGGAAGCCAGUGGGACACAAUACAUGGAGAGAUGACCAGCCAAUCACCGUUGAUGAGGGGAGAGGAACCUCAACCCAGCAUGUUAUCAUGAUAGAGUCUGCAGUUGUAGAGGCGGCAGGUCCUGGAGGAUCAUCUCUGGUCAAGCAGGACAGGUCUGAAGGAGAGGUGGACCCACGACACAGCAGAGACAUCCAGACUGGAGCAGCGGCUGUAGUUGCGCCCCUUGUUGCCAUGGAGGACCACGCGACCGCCAUGCAGCCCAGGACCCGACGCAGCAUCACAGAGGUCAAUGGAACGCUGAAUGCCAUCGUCAAGUCAGACACCGAGACUUUAACACAAAGGCUCUUACACACAGGAUCUGACCACAGAUCAGACCCAGAGAGACUGGGGCCGGGGCCACUGGGCUGUCCUCCUGCUCCUGGCUCAGAAUAUUUACUUUACGGUAACCCAAGCCCGAGGACGGCUCAUUCCCAUCGGGACUCAGGUGACGCAUUAGAGACUGGCAAUAAUCCGUCUUGUUCUUACACUACAGAGAUGGACCCUUGCAACAUGCCCUUGGGUUUAGAGACCCAGAAUGAUCUGUCUAGAGGGGACUGGAACCAGUACAGUAGUAGUGUAUACUCCGAAAGGUGCUUAGAUAAGAAAGGGGAGGGUUUGGUCGUAGAUGAAGUGACUGUGAAAGUGGAGGGCGACAUUUCUCCCACAUGGAAUGCAGAUAGUGACCUAAGAGACGGACACUCACAGGGCAGAGAUUUCUUAGAUUACAGGGAAAGCUUAGAAACUAAUCCAAAUGUCACGACCCACUCCCCUUUACUCGCUCUCAGAGAUCGCGACUUAGUGUCCUCAUCGAUGGGGCCUUCGGAUUCACACAACUGCCUUUUUGAUCACGUAUUGAACUCAAACGACAGGGCUAGAGCCCAGACUCAGGGAGGGGGAGCCACAUCAGGCAAUAGUAAAGAGAAACGGUUCCUCUGCAUGUUCUGUAGCAAAGGCUUCAGCUGCCCCCAAAAAGUGAAGAUCCACCAGAGGAUCCACACAGGGGAGAAACGCUUCAGGUGUACCCAGUGUCACAUGCGCUUUGCCCAGGCUGGUGACCUGAAGAGGCACCAGAGGGUCCACACAGGGGUGAAACCCUUCAGCUGUACCCAGUGUCAUAUGCGCUUCGCCCAGGCUGGCCACCUGAAGAGGCACCAGAGGGUCCACACAGGGGAGAAACCCUACAGCUGCCCCCAGUGUGAGAAGAGGUUCUCCCGCCAGGACCAGCUGAAGAUGCACCUGAAGGUCCACAUGGGAGAAAAGCUGUUAGCUUGUACGCACUGAGAUACCUCAGGAUACACCAGCAGAAAAACCAUUCCACUCUAUAACAUAGAAAGUAACCGUUCUACUCUACAGCUUCUGACGUUUAGAUCAAACCCUGCAUUGAAGGCAAAGAUUCAUUUUCAUUGUUGUCUGCAGAAAAGAUCGACAGACGCGUUUGGAGUAACGGGAGUAACAUAUUUCGGUGUUGAAUAUUCCUGGGUAGAAUAUUGCAUCCAGACAUUGUGUGAUUUAUAAGGCAUAUAUAAGCCUAGAAAGUAAAAUCAAAUUGUAUUUGUCACAUGCUUCAUAAACAACAGGUAUAGACUAACAGUGAAAUACUUACUUACGGGUCCUUUUCCGACAAUGCCGAGUUAAUGAGAAAAAUGAAGAAAAAAAAUAGAACGUAAUAAGAGUAAAAAAUAGACAGAGAAUAACAAUGAUGAGUUAAAACAACAUGGCUAUAUACAGGGAGUGCCAGUACCAAGUCGUUGUGCAGGGAUACGAGGUAACUGAGGUAGCUUUGUACAUAUAGAUAGGUACUAGGCCUUACAAAAAAUGGUAUGUGUGGGGUACAGAGAUGGGGUAGUCCUUUAAAAAUCAUGUUAAACACUAAUAUUGCACACAGUGUCCAUGCAACUUAUUGUGUGACUUGUUAAGCACAUUUUCUUUUGUCGUGAACUUAUUUAGGCCAUAACAAAAUGGUUGAAUACCUAUUGACUCAAGACAUUUAAGCUUUUCAUUUUUCA